AUGUCUUCAAAGAAGAUAGUAAACAUACAAUCUUUCUCCUGUUCUGAAUGUGGGAAAUGUUUCAACAGGCAUGCAAACCUCAUUUCACACCAGAGAACUCACACAGGAGAGAAACCUUUCUCAUGUUCUGAAUGCGGGAAAUGUUUCAACAGGCAUGCAAACCUUAUUUCACACCAGCGAACUCACACAGGAGAGAAACCUUUCUCAUGUUCUAAAUGUGGGAAAUGUUUUAGCUCACAGUCACACACUGUAAGACAUGAGAGAACUCACACAGGAGAGAAACCUUUCUCAUGUGCUGAAUGUGGGAAAUGUUUUAGUGUUAAAGAAACUCUUGAUAGUCAUUGGAGAACUCACACAGGAGAGAAACCUUUCUCAUGUGCUGAAUGUGGGAAAUCUUUUAGUAAGAAAGAAACUCUUGAUAGUCAUUGGAGAACUCACACAGGAGAAAAACCUUUCUCAUGUGCUGAAUGUGGAAAAUGUUUUAGCUAUAACUCAAGUUUAGUAAAACAUCAAAUAAUUCACACAGGAGAGAAACCUUUCUCAUGUUCUGAAUGUGGGAAAUGUUUUAGCUAUAACUCUUCUCUUGUUUCACACCAGAGAACUCACACAGGAGAGAAACCUUUCUCAUGUUUUGAAUGUGGGAAAUGUUUUAGCUAUAACUCUACUCUUGUUUCACACCAGAGAACUCACACAGGAGAAAAUCGUUUCACAUGUUCUGAAUGUGGGAAAUGUUUUAUGAGUAACUCUGAUCUAGUUAACCAUUGGAGAACUCACACAGGAGAGAAACCUUUCUCAUGUUCUGAAUGUGGGAAAUGCUUUAGUCUUAACACGAGUCUAGUUAAACACCAGAGAACUCACACAGGAGAGAAACCUUUCUCAUGUUCUGAAUGUAGGAAAUGUUUUAGCGAUAAAUCAGCUCUAGUUAGACAUCAACGAACUCACACAGGAGAGAAACCUUUCUCAUGUUCUGAAUGUGGGAAAGGGUUUACCUGUAACUCAAGUUUAGUGAAACAUCAAAGAUUUCACACGGGAGAGAAACCUUUCUCAUGUGCUGAAUGUGGGAAAUGUUUUAACAGCCAUUCAAACCUUGUUUCACAUCAGAGAACUCACACAGGAGAGAAACCUUUCUCUUGUUCUGAAUGUGGGAAAUGUUUUCGCUCGCAGUCGGACAUUGUAAGACAUCAUCAAACUCACACAGGAGAGAAACCUUUUUCAUGUUCUGAAUGUGGGAAAUGUUUUCGCUCGCAGUCGCACAUGGUAAGACAUCAACAAACUCACACAGGAGAGAAACCUUUCUCAUGUUCUGAAUGUGGGAAAUGUUUUAGCUGUAACUCAACUUUAGUGAAACAUCAACAAACUCACACAGGAGCGAAACCUUUCUCAUGUUCUGAAUGUGGGAAAUGUUUUAGCUGUAACUCAACUUUAGUGAAACAUCAACAAACUCACACAGGAGCGAAACCUUUCUCAUGUUCUGAAUGUGGGAAAUGUUUUAGCUGUAACUCAACUUUAGUGAAACAUCAACAAACUCACACAGGAGCGAAACCUUUCUCAUGUUCUGAAUGUGGGAAAUGUUUUAGCUGUAACUCAACUUUAGUGAAUCAUCAACGAAUUCACACAGGAGAGAAACCUUUCUCAUGUGCUGAAUGUGGAAAAUGUUUCAACAGGUAUGUAAACCUUGUUUCACACCAGAAAACUCACACAGGAGAGAAACCUUUCUUAUGUGCUGAGUGUGGGAAAUGUUUCAGCAGGCAUACACAUAUUGUUACACACCAGAGAACUCACACAGGAGAGAAACCUUUCUCAUGUUGUGAAUGUGGGAAAUGUUUUAGUUUUCACUCAAGUCUUAUUAGACAUCAGAGAACUCACACAGAGUUUUUAUGA